AUGAGGAUCCUUCACAAAUCUAAGAGAGCCGUCGCUCCACUGCCCCAGGUGGUGGAGCUCAUUGACAAACUAGCAAACACGCCAAACGAUGACCUCCACGAAGUCCGAUCUCAACGCUUGGAUCAAGUUCUAAACAAAUUCGACGCGAUCCUCGAGGAGGCCAUCCGCGAGUACGACAUCGACAACCUGCAGGUGAACGUGUUCACCCCCCUCACCAAGAAGACGGUCUGCGAGAUCCUGCGCUUCGAGAGGCUGCUUCUGGAGAACUCGACGAACAGAAAGACGUUCAGCUCCUACGACCGCGUCAACAGCCUGAUGUUCUCGUCGGACCUCGACGUGCUCGUGCUCGCCCUCAACCUACUCCUCCGCCCCGCGCAGCAGUACUCCUGUCAGCCGUCGGUCUCAAGCGUGCUCAGCAUUUCGGCCCCGCGACUCAUGUCGCUCGCCAAGCGAUGGCCGAACCUUCGCGACUACGAUAUCAACCUGGUUGAUCUGGCCACCGAGAAGGGCCGCGCCCAGGUCGAGGCGCUCCCCACGGAGGCACGGGAGGUCAACUUUGUGUUUUACAGAACAGCGCCGGCAGCUGCGGCAGCCGACAACAAGGAGAAGGAGAAGGCGCCAGAGGGGGACGUGUUCGACGCGGGCGCGCCGUCCCCGAGGAAGGCGUCGACCUCGGCCGCUGCCGCGGCGCCGUCAACAUCCACAGGUGCGGUCACGAUCCACAUCGACAGCAAGACGAUCGAGGCGAAGGGCGCGAUGGACAUCCUCGCGGACGCGAUCGAGGAGUACGCGGUCCCCGACGCGGAAAAGUUCGAGCUGCUCAUGCGCAUCCGCGGCGCACAGGCGGUCACGGCCGCGCACGCCGCGGACUGCGAGAAACUCGUCGUCCUCAUCACCCACGUCGCGGAGCUUCUCCACCUCGACCGAGGGGUGGACGUCCAAGUGCAGACCGCGGGAGUCGCCGCCCUCGACGCGCUGUCGAGGUAUAGGACGAAGAUCCAGGAGGUCCUGACCGCCGUCAACGCUGGGGUGAACCACGGGAUCCUCAUGGCGCUCCUUCGCAGGACGGUGUCGGAGGUCGCUCAGCCCACUUCGACGCUCCCUCAGUCCUUUGUCGAGUCGCUCUUCUCCUUCAUCACCUACCUUGCCACACAUGCGGCGGGCGGUAAUAUGAUUGUGGGCGCGGGCCUCGUCCCCGUCCUCAUCCAAGCCAUCGAGAACAGGCUACCGAACCGGCUGUAUCUCGUGUCGAAGACGAUGCAGCUCCUCGACAAUGUACUCUACGGCUACAUCAACGCGUUCGGCCUCUUUUGCAAUGCUCGCGGGGUCGAUACUCUGGUUGAGCGCAUCGAGUUUGAGGUUGAUUUCGAUAUCGAGGAAUUCGGAAACGACGGGACGCCGAAUGACGUCGUUGUGCCCUAUGGCAAGCUCUCCGUCGCCCGCACUGCGAUCCUCAAGCACACACUCCGUUCCGUCCACCGUAUGAUGCAGUCGUCGGGAUCCUCAGAAGGCCUUCGAGGCUUGCUCGACUCUUCCCUCCUCAAGUCUGUCAAGAAGAUCAUGCAACACCGCGCCGUAUUCGGGCCGAGUGCCCUCGCCCUCUCCAUCAACAUCAUGGCCAUCUUUGUCCACAACGAGCCUACCUGCCUACCGGUCAUCCAAGAGAACGGCUUACCGGAAGUGUUUUACAGUGUCAUCGAGAAGGGCCUCGAGCCCGUAAUCGAGGUCAUUCAAUCCAUUCCCAAUGCCCUUGGUGCACUGUGCCUGAACCAGGCGGGUCAAGACCAGCUCACUGCCCGUCCAAGCACGAUCCCAAGCCUCUUUUCGAUUUUCACUUCUGAGGACCACCAGCGCGUCCUGCAAGAGAAGGAGAACGCUGACAAGGUCUUCGUCGCGAUCAAGGCGACGAUGGAGAAGAUUGAGGAGCUGGGAAACUCGUUCGUCGUCCCGAAUGAGAUCAAGCACUGGUACAGGCUGCUGCCCACUGCCUCUGCCCCGUCCGCCUCCGAGAGCACAGACACGGUCGUCGCCAUGGAGGUCGACCAGACGAGCACUGGUGAGGCAGCAUCCACCGAGCCGGCGCAACCUGCUCCGGAGGCACCCGCUGCUCCUUCGAACGAGCUCUUUGGCAGGUCUCACGACAACGUCGUCAUCUCGUACAUCGAUGUCGUUGGCAAGUUCCUUGAGGGAUUCUUCCAGCACAUCCCUCACUGCAGAGACUUCGUCGCCGAUUCUGACGGACUUGAACGCCUCGCGAGGCUCACCACCCUGCCGUGCCUCCCCUUCGACUUUGCGAACAGCGUUGCAUCAGACUCUCUGGUGCAGGUCAUCCGCACCAUGGCCGAGGCGGCGACGACCGAGACGCUCACGUUCCUGAUCAAGCUUGUCUCUGAAUCGCUCGCGGAUUGCAAGGACUUUUGGGAGACGAUGGAAGAGCAACCAAAGCUUUUGCCUCUGGUGGAGUUUGCUGCGGAAGAUGAAGACAAGGCCAACGACCGGUUCCGCAAGAUCGUCACGCUGUACACGAGGGCAUCCCUGCUCGCCGACAUCUACGCGACCGCAGGUUACGCGCAUGGUCGCGCAAUGCAGACGCUCCUGCAGUCCCUCCUCACCCGCGACAACUCGCCCCUAUCCGAACUCGGCGCUCUGCAGCGUGCCUGCGUCUGGGAGAACAUCACACUCAAGGCCGUCCUCUCUUCCCAAGGCGUCGACAUGCCGGCCGCCUCUCACGCCCACGACCUCUGGUCCUCUCUCCUCGGCUCUGGGUCGACAACUGUGCCCACCCCUUUGGAGCGGGAGGCAUCCUCUUCCACGCCCCUUGGGGACGGAGUGGUGCCCUCGGCGAACAACGGGACGAACGGGGCUUCGACUGGGGAGUCGCUAGCGUCGAAUUCGCCCCUACCGAAGAAGGAGGACAGGCCCAAGGACAAAAACGCGAAGGCCCUCAAGCACCUCAUCCAGCAGCUCCCUUCGUCUCUGACGCCCUUCUUCCAAUCGACGGUCCGUCUGUUCCAGACUCGGAGAAGCAGCGACGGCACCCAAAGGCAGAAGGUCAAGGAGGCCGCGGGGAUCCUGGCAGACGUCCUCGUCAAGCACUUGGAGCAGAGACCGUUCAAGCGUCAGGCCCAGAAGACCGUGAACACCGUUCUGCUCGUUUCUUUCACUCGCGCAGGGGGUCUCGAUGCGUUGUUCGGCCUCUGUCGGGAGUUCAUCACGGCCAUCGAUAUGAUCACCCAAGUCUCUGCCGAUGAGCGAAACGAGGUCACGAAGCAAGAGCUCACCCACGCGUUCAAUGGCAUCAGGGUUGCUCUCGCCCUCAUACAUUCUCUCGUCUCUUCGCGCUCUAUCAUCGACGCGGCGCAGAACACGAUCGCGGCCACUCCUGACAAGAAGGAUACCGACCCCGAGUACUUCGAGGCUAGCAACUUCCUCGUUCGCAUGCGCCUCGCGGCAAUUCCGCUCAUCCAGUUGAUCUGGGAGGCGUCGUGGCUCCCUUCGGCACAAACAGGCGUCUGCAAGUCUAUCGUCAACAUCGUCUUCGAGCUCUGCAGUGCUGAGAAUGAAGAAGCCAAGGACGUGCAGCCCGCGUCGAUCCUGGCCGCGGGUACCAUGCCUCGCAUCGCAUACCUUGGUGGCCCCGACGAGACCCGCGUGCGGCAGCUCAUGGACAUGGGUUUCCCGCGGUCUGCGGCCGAACGCGCUCUUAGUCGUGCACGCAACAACAUCAACGCCGCAACGGAGAUACUGCUCUCGCAACCUCAUCCCUUCCCUCCUGAUCCCCCCGAGCCCGAAGAGCAAGUCGAAGGGGUCCCAGCAGCAGAGGCUACUCCUGAGCAAGAUCAAGCCAACGAGGACGAAGGCACACCCGGUGGUGAAGAGUCGACCACUGCCUCGGCGACUGACUCUGCCGCACCUAUCGUCGAGGAACCCCCUGCACCACCGGGAAAGAGCUCCGAGGAGUUGCUGAAGGAACUGAACGCUCUUCGCGAGCCCCUGAAGGAAGGCAUGGGCCGACGGCUUCUGGCUCUGGCCGAUGAGCACCCCACUUUGGUCUACGACGUUCGGAAGGUCUUCGUCGGGCCUGCCAGCGACUACCGCACGGAGGCCGUCAAGGCGCUCAUGGAUGAUAUUCAGAACCUCUCCCCUUCGGCGUACGACGUCCACGAACAGCCGCUCUCUGUGCGGUGCCACUUGUUCGCUCUCGUCCUGGGCGAGCCCACUUCCCCGGUCGCCCAGAUGACCAAGGGCGAGAUCGAGAACCUCAUGAACGUGUUGCUCUCGUUGCUGCUGACCAACCCAGGUGAUGGUGAACAUCCCACGAUCCCCAAGUGGCUUUCCGCUCAGCUCCUCGUCGUCAAGUCGCUUCUCGUCCUCGGGGAAUCGCCCCGCUCGAUCGAAGUUCCCAAGGAGAACGAGCCGAUUGUUCCACAAGAGCUCUACCAAGGCCCCCGCUUCGCUGAGGCUCGCACGUCACUCUUCGACUUCUCUUUGCGCCUUCUAGCGGUACCAACUCUCCCCAAGGACGAGCUCAUGUCGGUCCUAUCCCUGCUCGUCUUCUUGACACGCGACCACAGCCUUGCCGACACGUUCUUCAAGCGCAACGGCGUCGGGCUCUUGCUCCAGUACAUGCAGGUCUCAUCAGGCAGCCAUAGCGCCUUCGGUCUUCACUCCUACAUCGUCAUCAUCCUCCGCCACAUUGUCGAGAGCGAGUCGGUUCUGCAACACAUUAUGCGGAAGGAAAUCAAGGCUUUCUUCAACCAGGGCCCUUCCGACGUUGGCACGCUCGUCAACGAGCACGGCACCACUGUCCUGCGGGACCCAGAAGUGUUCAUCAAGGCGGCCGCGGACCUCUGCCAGCUCUCGCAGCCGUACUCGCUGUCGAGGCAGAUCGUCCUCAAGCCCACUCCAUCGGCAGAUGCGAAGGGAGAAGGUUCCUCGCCAGAAAAGACGAAUGAUAUGCAAGUCGACGAGAACCCCCAAGUCGCGCCUACCGCAUCGGAGUCCACCGAAGCUCUCGUGCACUACCUCAUCGGCGAGCUCAUGAGGACAGUCAAGGCUGAGAACGAGCAGGAGACGACGGUUCCGAUAUCGACGCCGGGCGUGGAGCUCAGCAAGCCCGCGGAUGUACCCGCGAUUGCCGUGACCGCUGGCGCAAGCACUUCCGCCGUGGCCGUCCAGCCUUCCGCACCUCUCGCCACGGAGCCGAAGCCUCAAGACUCCACCGACCGCUCUUACCCCCACUUCAUCAUGCACAUUCUCACGGAGCUUCUUCUCUCGUAUGACUCCUGCAAGGUCGCCUUCUUGUCCUACACGCCAAAGAAGCGCAAUCAGACGCCCGCCAAGGACGGCCACAAGCAUCGCACCGCGUCCCUGCAAUUCAUCCUCAGCGAUCUACUGACGUUUGGCACGCUCAAUGCUCACCCGCCUGCUGAGGCCAAGAAACAGUUCGCGCUGUGCAACUCCGCAAUGAACGUCAUGAUUGCCCUUUGCCAUGAGAACAGCGUCUCCAAGGACCCCAAGGUCGUCUCUCCUGAAUUGGCCUCUGUCCGCAAGUUCGUUCUCGAGACGAUCAGCCGUUCCCUCAAGGACCUCCCCGCGUCCAGCGACACCGAGUCUCGUUAUAGCCGCCUCCUCGCGCUCAGUGACUUCUGUCUCCGCCUGCUGACGUUCGGCUCCAACGUCCACCCCAAGAAGGUCGUCGAGGAGAGGGCACUGCCGAUUGCAAAGGUCAUGCUGGAGAAGGUUUUCGUCGCGACGCUGACGGGCUUCCUCGCGGAAGUGGACUUGAACUACCCGAAUGUCCGCAACGUCGUCAUUUCCAUCCUGCGCACCCUGGACCAGCUGUACGAUUGCCUUUUUUUCUGCAUGAUGACGCGCCCGUCGGAGAAGGCUCAAGGUUUCGACGAGGAAGUCGAGGCUCCCGACACGGAGACGUCCGAAGAGGAAGAGGAGGAAGAAGACGAUCACGAGAACCCGGAGGCUGAAGCUGCGAGCAACCUGUACCACAACUCUUCUCUGGGCAUUGGGGAGGUAGAUGACUCUUACGACGACGACAUGGCCGGUGAGGACGACGAAGACGAAGACGAUGAUGAAGACGACGACGUCGACAUGGACUACGAGAGCGACGUGGACAGUGAGGUUACGUCUGCCGGCGAGGAGCACGUGGUCGAAAACAUCGGGGGAGAUGCAGGCGAGACGGACGAAGAGCAAUGGCAGGACGAAGAGGAAGAGGAGGAGGAGGACCUUGUCCAGAAUGAGGGCGCAGAGGCGGAGGAUGAGACGGAUGAGGAUGAUGCUGACGAAGGCGAGGAAGUGAUGUGGCAGGACAUCGCCGUUGGAGAAGGAAACGUCCAUGAAGGUGUCGACGAGGGCGAUGAGGAAGACGUUGGUGAUAUGCCUGUUGCUACUAUGGACAUGGACGACGAAGAGGAUGCCGUCUCAGAUGGCGAGGAGUAUACGGACGAACUCGGCAUCAUGGAAGACCCGCACCUCGACACAGCUGCUGCAAACCUUUUGGAAGGCGCCUUUGCCGACGUCAUCGCUGGUGGUCCCUUCGCUGCCCUUGGCGCGGGUAUGGCCCCCGUGGACGGCGAGCCUAUUGUGUGGCAUCGUGGCGGUCGUCAUCCAGCUCGUCGCGCGCCCGACGGCGGCGGUGACGCUGCCAACGACGUUACCCAUCCUCUCCUCAUGGAUCCCACGUCAAACCUGUCUCGUACCGCACAGUCGAGAUCUACCCGUCGCAGUCACCGCAGCCUCCUCGCGGCAGACCAACUCACAAGAUUGGACGAGGCGCUUGGGCUCAACGCUAGCCAUUUCUUCAGCCAAGUCCUUGCUCAGACCCGCGGUAUUGGUGGUGGCUCGCUUCAAAUCAACGUCCCGUCUGACCUACUCGGUGGCUUCCAUCGUGGCCGUACCGCUAUCACAGCUUCGAUCCGUGUGGAGCACGUUCCCCGCCAAGGCGAAGAUGGCCAGCCGCGCACAACGCCGCAGAGGUACAGCGAAGAGGCGUUGAUUCUUCAUGGCAAAUUCCAGCACGAACGCCUCGUCAAGUUCCAGAACCACCUCAAUCUUGUGCUCUUCCCUGCCGCUGUCGAAGCCUACAAGAAGGCUAAAGAAGCCGAGGUCAAGGAGCAGGAGCGUCUUCGCGAAGAACAGGCCCUAGCUGCGGAGGUGGCGAAGAAAGAGGCGAAGCGCGAAGCAGAAGCUGCGGCCGCUCCCGUCCCCGCCCCCGCCCCGGUCCCUGAUGAGCUCGCCCCUGCUCCAGCCGGCGAUGGCGACGUGGAGAUGGCCGACGCCGAAGAAACCCCAGGUGCUGAACCUACUGCCGAAGACAAUGGGCCUGAGACCGCCGAAGGUUCAAACCGUCCUGAAGCUCAAAUUCAACGUGUCACCGUCAUGAUUAACGGCAAUCCUGUUGACAUCACUGACACUGGCAUCGACCCGACGUUCUUGGAGGCUCUUCCGGAUGACAUGCGCGAAGAGGUCCUCAACCAACACGUCCGUGAUCAACGAGCCGCACAGAACACGGGCGGAGCAGGCGCCCAGCAAGGUGGCCCCGUCGAGAUUGACCCCGCGAGCUUCGUCGCCAGCCUCGAUCCUCAGCUCCGUCAGAUGGUCCUCAUGGAGUCCGACGAAGGCUUCAUUCAGAGCCUGCCCUCCCAUAUGAUCGCGGAGGCGAACAUUCACCGCGAGCCGGGUCGACCAGCACGAACUCGACACAUAAUUCCCGCCGCGCAGGGUGCACGAGGCGCACAAAACCAGGCAUCUCAGGCCUCCAAGGUUGCUCUGCCUCGCGAUUCAAUUCAGCUCCUGGACAGGUCGGCAUUGGCAGCUUUGGUGCGGCUUGUGUUCUACCCGAACGUCAUUCGGAAGAAUCUGCUGUUCCGAGUCCUCGGCAGCCUCUGCGAGAAUACGAAGUCCCGUACCGACCUCUUCAACCUCUUGCUGAGCAUCCUUCAAGAUGGGACUGGCGAUCUUGCAACGAUCGACAAGAGCUUCGCUCAAAUGUCCGUACGGCAUUCCAAACCUGCGCCCCCACAGACCCCCAAGGCGAUCGGCAAGCAGCGUGUCUCUUCGGACUACUUCGGAUCCCUCGCACUCCCUCAGAACGACGUCGUCCCUGAGCUCGUCAUCCAGCGCUGCCUCGAAGGUCUCACGCACAUCGUCACUAGCAACGAGCUCGCCUCCCUGUUCUUCCUGACAGAGCACGAACUUCCCAUCGGCCUUCGUCGCAGUGCAUCGAAGCGUGGUAAAGGAAAGGAGAAGCAAGCGCCGCAAACUCACUACCCCAUCGUCCUCCUCUUGAGCCUUCUCGACCGCGCCUCAAUUCUUCGUACUCCAGCCAUCGUCGAGUCUGCCGUGGGCCUCUUGGCAACGGUCACGCGUCCUCUAGCAGGACUCAAGGACAAGGACAAGAAGAAGACGGAGACUGCGGAAGUUAGUAGCUUGACAGCCCCGCCGGCUUCUACUUCUGGUUCUGUGCCUGCACCUCCAACUGCACCUGCGUCAACCGAGCGACCCUCAACAGGUGGUGAAGCGGCAGCUGCACCUCCCGCGAACCCUGCCAGUGUGGACGAAGCGGCUCCCGCAACAACUCCUGCUACGCAGCCAGAGCCGAAAGCGAAGCCGACAACCGUCGAAGAAGAGAUCCUCCUCGCCAACCCUCCCCACAUCCCUCAUCAUGUCCUCCGGCUCAUCGUGAAUGUCCUCACCUCCGGCGAUCUCGCCCUCAUCCAACAUCUCUCCUACAUCCCCGACACACGCGAGGUCAUCGCUUCCGAAUUGCGCAGCAGGGCCCAAGAGUUUGGCCAGAGCCUCUUCACAGCCCUGGACGAGCUUGCUAGCGCGCUCCGUGACGCUGAAGCCAACCCCGACACAUUGGCAACAACAAUCGCCGCGAAGUUCUCCCCAUCUUCGUCAGACCAAGCGAAGCUACUCCGUGUUCUGAAGACCAUCGAUUACAUGUACUCCCCGAAGACAUCAGCGACCACAGCCGACGAGGACGUCGAGAAGGUCCAGAGCAUGUACGAGACGUUCAGGUUCUCUCCUCUGUGGCAGCGUCUCGGCGACUGCCUCUCGAUCAUUGAGGAGAAGCCUGAGAUGGAGCACAUCGUCACUGUCCUUCUCCCCCUCAUCGAAGCUCUGAUGGUCGUUUGCAAGUACGUCGGCCCCAAAACGACGGGAGGUGCAGUUGCCCGCGCUGUCCGCGCGUCUACUUCCCCUCGCUCUCCCACCAAUGCUCGCGAGUCUAUGGAAGAUCUCUUCGUCACCUUCACGGAUGCUCACCGCAAGGUGUUGAACCUCAUGGUCCGCAACAACCCGUCCCUCAUGAGCGGCUCCUUCUCCUUGCUCGUCCACAACCCGCGCGUCCUCGACUUUGACAAUAAACGGAACUACUUCAACCAGCAGCUCCAUCGCAGGCCGACGACACGCGAGCACCACGGCACACUCCAACUCAGCGUGCGUCGGUCACGCGUGUUCGAGGACAGCUACCAGUACCUGCAGCGCAAGACUGGUGACCAGAUCAAGUACGGCAAGCUCAGUGUGCGCUUCUACGAGGAGGAGGGUGUCGAUGCCGGCGGUGUCACCCGCGAGUGGUUCCAGAUCCUCGCCCGCCAGAUGUUCGACCCGAACUACGCCCUGUUCCAGCCAUGUGCGGCCGACCGUCUCACGUACCAGCCCAACCGUGCAUCGUGGGUCAACCCCGAGCACUUGUCGUUCUUCAAGUUCGUUGGCCGCGUCAUCGGCAAGGCGAUCUACGACGGUCGCUUGCUCGAUGCAUACUUCGCGCGUCAUCUGUACAGGCUUCUCCUCGGGAAGCAGGUCGACUACAAGGACGUCGAGUGGGUGGACCCUGAGUACUACAACUCGCUCUGCUGGAUCCUGGAGAACGACCCCAGUCCUCUUGAUCUCACCUUCAGUGUCGAGUCCGAUGAGUUUGGUGUCACAAAGUUGCUAGAGCUCAAAGAAGGUGGCGCCACGAUCCCCGUGACGAACGAGAACAAGAAAGAGUUUGUGCAACUCUCCGCUACUCACAGGCUGUACUCGUCCAUCAAGGACCAGAUUGAGGCGCUGCUUCAAGGGUUCUACGACAUCAUCCCGAAGGAUCUCAUCGCGAUCUUCAAUGAUCAAGAGCUGGAGCUGCUCAUCUCGGGCACGCCUGACAUCGACGUGGACGAAUGGCGCUCUGCGACGGAGUAUAACGGCUACACGAGUUCGGACCCGGUCAUCGUCUGGUUCUGGCGAGCACUGAAGUCGUUCAACCGCGAAGAGCGAGCCAAGGUUCUAAGCUUCGCGACCGGCACGUCUCGCGUCCCGCUUGGAGGCUUCGUCGAGCUACAGGGUGUUCAGGGCACACAGCGCUUCUCGAUACACAAGGCGUAUGGCGAUACGGACAGACUUCCUUCGGCGCACACUUGCUUCAACCAGAUUGAUCUUCCGCAGUACUCCUCGUACGAAAUGCUCCGUCAGCAGGUGCUGCUCGCCAUCAAUGAGGGUGGCGAAGGCUUUGGAUUCGCAUGA